UGGGCUCUCGCAACUACGUGGAAACUUGGAAUAGGUCUGCUACUGCACACCGCCCGGACGCCGGGGUUCCUGCGCCCCCCGCCCCCUCUGAUCGCGGCUGGGUAGCCGAGCCGCAAGGAGCUGGGGGCCCCCGCGCGCCGCGUCUGCAUCGCGCCGCCCCUGCCCCGGGCUCCGGUAGCUUUCGGGCUUCCGCACUGCCCGCCGCGCCCUGCCCACAGGGAAGCGCUUCCCGAGGCGGCGGCGGUUCUGGUGCGGACCCUCCGGCCGCAGCCAUGUGGGACCCGCGGGCAGCUAGGAUGGACCUGACAGCUUACGCUGAGCUGCUGAAAGAAUCCGGCAACCAGGUUCUUAAGAAUGGGAACUUCUCUUUGGCCAUCAGAAAGUACGAUGAAGCCAUCCAGAUUCUCCUGCAGUUAUACCAAUGGGGGGUUCCCCCGAGGGACUUGGCUGUGCUGCUGUGCAACAAAUCAAAUGCUUUUUUCAGCCUUGGGAAGUGGAAUGAGGCAUUUGUUGCUGCCAAGGAAUGUCUCCAAUGGGAUCCAACCUAUGUGAAGGGAUACUACCGAGCUGGUUAUUCCUUGCUGAGGUUGCAUCAGCCUUAUGAAGCCGCUCGCAUGUUUUUUGAGGGUCUGCGACUUGUGCAGAGAAGCCAAGACCAGGCACCGGUUGCUGAUUUCCUUGUUGGAGUCUUCACCACUAUGAGCAGUGACUCCAUUGUUUUGCAAAGUUUCUUGCCUUGCUUUGAUCAUAUUUUCACAACUGGAUUCCCAACAGAAGUGUGGCAAUCUGUAAUAGAAAAGUUGGCAAAGAAAGGAUUAUGGCAUUCAUUUCUACUUCUGUCAGCAAAAAAAGACCGAUUACCAAGAAAUAUUCAUGUCCCAGAGUUAUCACUGAAAAGUCUCUUUGAGAAAUACGUUUUCAUUGGACUUUAUGAGAAGAUGGAACAAGUGCCCAAGUUAGUCCAGUGGCUCAUCUCCAUUGGUGCAAGUGUUGAGACUAUAGGACCAUAUCCCCUUCAUGCCCUCAUGCGACUCUGUAUCCAAGCCAGAGAAAACCAUCUUUUCCGGUGGUUAAUGGAUCACAAGCCUGAGUGGAAAGGCCGCAUUAACCAGAAGGACGGGGAUGGCUGCACUGUCCUACACGUCGUCGCUGCCCACUCCCCAGGAUACCUCGUCAAGCGACAAACAGAGGAUGUGCAGAUGCUCCUGCGCUUUGGGGCAGAUCCCACUUUGCUGGAUCGACAGUCUCGGUCUGUUGUGGAUGUCCUGAAGAGGAAUAAGAACUUCAAAGCCAUCGAGAAAAUCAACAGUCACUUGGAAAAGCUAGCUACGUGUUCUAAGGACCUAUCAGGAUUCAGCAAUGGUGAUGGACCCACUAGUGAAAACGACAUUUUCAGGAAGGUCUUGGAGCAGCUGGUGAAGUAUAUGAACUCAGGAAACCGGUUAUUGCAUAAAAACUUUCUGAAGCAGGAAGUAGUUCAGAGGUUCUUGCGCCUCCUUUCUACUCUGCAAGAAAUUCCUCCUGACCUGGUCUGUGAUAUUAAUCAAGACUGUGCCACCACCGUUUUCAAAUUCUUAUUGGAAAAACAGAAAUGGCCUGAGGUGCUUCUGUUGCUGACCCGCAAAGUAAGUGGAGAGCCACCGCUUGGGGAUUGCCUUAUCAAAGACUGCAACUUCUCAGACCUCGACAUCUGUACCAUCAUCCCCCAUCUCAGCACCUGGGACCAGCGGAAGAAACAGCUUCUGGGCUGCCUGAUAGACAGUGGAGCCUUGCCUGAUGGUCUUCAGGAGAGCCAGGAGAGGCCACUUGUCACAUGCCUGAAACAUGAGGACUUCGAGUUGGCUUUCCUUCUCUUGACCAAGGGCGCAGACCCCCGUGCUAUUUCUCUCACGGAAGGUGAUACUCCUUUGCAUGCAGCACUCCACAUCUUUCUAGAGAUCAAAGCUGACAUUGGUUUUAGCUUUCUCAACCAUCUGUUGGAUCUGUUUUGGUCCAACCCCACCGAAUUUGACUACCUCAACCCCAAUGUCCAGGACAGCAAUGGGAACACGCUGAUGCACAUCCUCUUCCAGAAGGGCAUGCUAAAGCGCAUGAAGAAGCUGUUAGACCUGCUGGUGAAGUUUGACAUCAACUUCAAUCUGAAGAACAAAGAGGGCAAAGAUGCACGGCACCGGAUUAAGAAGAACGACUCUCUGCUCUUGGCCUGGAACAAAGCUCUGAUGGAGAACAGGAGGAGGAGCCGGCAGGACUCUGCUGCCCACCUGGGGAAGCUCUCAAGGUCCACUGCCCCUGGUCACACGUCUCAGCUCAAGUCCCAGGGUUCAUUCAAGUCAGUGCCAUGUGGUGCCACUGCCAGAACGCUGCCUGAAGGAAGUGCAGUCCCUGACAGCUGGGAGACUCUCCCAGGUACCCGGGUGACCAGGAAGGAGCCUGGAGCUCUCAGGCCCUGCUCUCUGAGAGACUACCUUAUGCAGGACAUCACAGUUUUGAUUCAGCAGGUUGAAGUCGCUCCGUCUCUCCCAGAGGACUGUCUUCAGAGCUCUGAGCCUCUGGAGGCAGGAGCUGUCAAGGAAGGAAAGAAAGAUGAGCUCCAGCCGACCCUGGGUGCAGGGGCCCCUGACUGUAGUGAGGUGGCGGAAGGACAUGCUCAGGUGGGCCUUGGGGCAUUGCAGCUUGUGCCUGAUGAUAACAGAGGGAAGGAGGGCAAUGACGAUCAGGAUGACUGGAGCACACAGGAGAUUGAGGCCUGCCUCCAGGACUUUGAUAACAUGACCUGGGAGAUCGAGUGCACUUCAGAAAUGCUGAAGAAGCUGUCUAGUAAGGUAAUGACCAAAGUCAUCAAGAAGAAAAUCAUCCUUGCCAUUCAGCAGCUGGGAAAUGGCGAGUGGACCCAGGGCCUGCAGAAGCGACUGAAGCACCUGAAAGGAAGCAUCCAGCUCUUCGAAGCUAAACUGGACAAAGGAGCCCGGAUGCUCUGGGAGCUCGCCAUUGACUUCUCCCCUCGAUGCAGUGAGAACCCUGAGAAGAUCAUUGCCACGGAGCAGAACACGUGUGCAAUGGAGAAAUCAGGGCGGAUCUACACGGAAAUCAUCCGGAUUUGGGACAUCGUCUUAGAUCACUGCAAACUGGCUGAUUCCAUCAAGGCCAUCUGCAAUGCCUACAACCGGGGCUUGUCCUGUGUCCUGCGGAAGAAGCUGAAGGGUAUCAAUAAAGGCCAAGUGUCAGCUAACAUGAAAAUUCAAAAGCGUAUACCUCGCUGCUAUGUGGAGGACACGGAGGCCGAGAAGGGCAGGGAGCAUGUCAAUCCUGAGUACUUUCCCCCAGCCAGUGCAGUGGAGACAGAAUAUAACAUCAUGAAGUUCCACAGCUUCAGCACCAACAUGGCCUUUAACAUCCUCAAUGACACGACAGCCACAGUGGAGUACCCCUUCCGGGUGGGCGAGCUUGAGUACGCGGUGAUCGACCUCAAUCCCAGGCCACUGGAGCCCAUCAUCCUUAUUGGGCGAAGUGGCACUGGGAAGACAACCUGCUGCUUGUACAGAUUGUGGAAGAAAUUCCAUGUUUACUGGGAAAAAGCUGAGCAGGCAGGAAGCCCGUUGCUGGCCAAACAGGUCUGGCUGAAGAGAAGGUUGGAAGUGGAACCCGGAAAAGAGGGUCCAGUUGGGGAGGAAGAGGAGGAGGAAGAGGAUGAGGAAGAGGAAGAUUCUAUUGAAGUGGAAACAGUAGAAAGCAUAGAUGAGCAGGAGUACGAAGCCUGCGCAGGAGGAGCCGGUGUGGAGCCAGCAGGGGACGGCCAGGCUGCAGAAGUAUGUGCACCAGAACAUCCCCACCAGCUGGAGCAUUUACAUCAGAUCUUUGUGACCAAGAACCAUGUGCUGUGCCAGGAGGUACAAAGGAAUUUCAUUGAGCUUUCCAAGUCCACCAAGGCCACUAGUCAUUACAAACCACUGGACCCCAACAUUCACAAACUCCAGGACCUGAGGGACGAGAACUUUCCUCUGUUUGUCACUUCCAAGCAGCUGCUGCUUCUGCUUGAUGCUUCUCUGCCCAAACCAUUUUUUCUGAGAAACGAAGAUGGAAGCUUGAAAAGAACCAUCAUAGGAUGGUCCGCACAGGAAGAGUCAACCAUCCCCAGUUGGCAGGAGGAUGAGGAGGAGGCUGAGAUGGAUGGGGACUACAGUGAGGAGGAUAAAGCUGUAGAAAUGCGUACAGGUGACAGUGACCCCCGGGUGUAUGUGACGUUUGAGGUGUUCAAAAAUGAAAUAUGGCCCAAAAUGACCAAAGGGAGGACCGCCUACAACCCCGCACUGAUUUGGAAAGAAAUAAAAUCUUUUCUAAAGGGUUCUUUUGAGGCCCUCAGCUGUCCCCAUGGGAGACUCACUGAAGAAGUAUAUAAGAAAUUAGGGAGGAAACGGUGCCCCAAUUUCAAGGAAGACCGGAGUGAGAUCUACAGCCUCUUCUGUCUGUAUCAGCAAAUCAGGUCCCAGAAAGGUUAUUUUGAUGAAGAGGAUGUUCUGUACAACAUAUCCCGGAGGCUGUCGAAGCUCAGGGUGCUCCCAUGGUCCAUCCACGAGUUCUAUGGUGAUGAGAUUCAAGACUUUACCCAGGCCGAGCUGGCGCUGCUGAUGAAAUGCAUCAAUGACCCCAACGCUAUGUUCCUCACGGGGGACACGGCCCAGAGCAUCAUGAAGGGCGUGGCAUUCCGCUUUAGCGAUCUGCGCUCUCUGUUCCACUACGCCAGCAGAAACACCAUAGACAAGCAGUGUGCUGUCCGGAAGCCCAAGAGGAUCCACCAGCUGUACCAGAAUUACAGGUCCCACUCAGGAAUCCUCAAUCUGGCAUCUGGAGUGGUGGACUUACUUCAGUUCUAUUUCCCAGAAUCUUUUGAUCGUCUUCCAAGGGAUUCUGGCCUCUUUGAUGGUCCCAAGCCAACUGUUCUGGAGUCUUGUAGUGUAAGCGACUUGGCAAUUUUGCUACGAGGGAAUAAAAGGAAAACUCAGCCCAUUGAAUUUGGAGCCCACCAGGUAAUCCUUGUGGCCAAUGAAACAGCAAAGGAGAAAAUUCCAGAAGAGCUGGGGUUAGCACUUGUGCUAACAAUUUAUGAAGCAAAAGGCUUAGAAUUUGAUGAUGUCCUCCUUUACAACUUCUUUACUGAUUCUGAGGCUUAUAAGGAAUGGAAGAUCAUUUCCUCAUUCACACCUACAUCAACUGACUCCAGAGAGGAAAACCGGCCAUUGGUUGAAGUACCCCUGGACAAACCAAGCUCUUCUCAGGGUCGAUCUCUCAUGGUGAAUCCAGAAAUGUACAAGCUCCUCAACGGAGAGCUGAAGCAGCUGUACACCGCCAUCACACGGGCUCGGGUCAACCUCUGGAUCUUUGAUGAAAACCGAGAGAAACGGGCUCCUGCGUUCAAAUAUUUCAUUAGAAGAGAUUUUGUCCAAGUUGUAAAGACAGAUGAAAAUAAAGACUUUGAUGAUAGCAUGUUCGUUAAGACCUCAACUCCUGCGGAGUGGAUUGCACAGGGAGAUUACUACGCCAAGCACCAGUGCUGGAAGGUUGCAGCCAAGUGUUACCAGAAAGGAGGUGCGUUUGAGAAGGAGAAGUUGGCCCUGGCCCAUGACACUGCCCUGAGCAUGAAAUCCAAGAAAGUCAGCCCCAAGGAAAAGCAGUUGGAAUAUUUGGAAUUGGCUAAGACCUAUUUGGAGUGCAAAGAGCCAACGCUGUCCCUUAAGUGUCUGAGCUAUGCCAAGGAGUUCCAGCUCUCCGCCCAGCUGUGCGAGAGGCUGGGAAAGAUAAGAGAUGCUGCCUAUUUCUAUAAGCGAAGCCAGUGCUACAAAGACGCUUUCAGAUGCUUUGAGCAGAUUCAGGAAUUUGAUCUAGCACUCAAAAUGUACUGCCAAGAGGAGCUUUUUGAAGAAGCUGCUAUUGCAGUGGAAAAGUAUGAAGAAAUGCUAAAGACCAAGACCCUUCCCAUUUCCAAGCUCUCCUAUUCUGCCAGUCAGUUUUACUUGGAAGCUGCAGCAAAGUAUCUGAGUGCAAAUAAGAUGAAGGAAAUGAUGGCUGUCCUCUCAAAGCUAGACAUAGAAGACCAGCUGGUGUUUUUGAAGUCUCGGAAACGCUUAGCAGAAGCUGCAGACCUGCUGAACAGGGAAGGUAGGAGAGAAGAGGCUGCCCUGCUGAUGAAGCAACAUGGCUGCCUCCUGGAGGCUGCCAGGCUCACUGCCGACAAGGACUUCCAGGCCUCAUGUCUGCUGGGGGCCGCCCGCCUCAAUGUGGCCAGGGAUUCUGACAUAGAACACACCAAGGACAUUCUGAGAGAAGCACUUGAUCUCUGCUAUCAAACUGGCCAGUUGUCUGGCAUUGCCGAGGCCCACUUCCUGCAAGGGGUAAUCCUGAGAGACUUUCAGAAGCUCAGGGAUGCCUUCUUCAAGUUUGACACGCUCAACCACUCAGCUGGAGUGGUGGAAGCACUCUACGAAGCAGCGAGCCAGUGUGAGGCCGAGCCUGAGAAGAUUCUGGGCCUGGCUCCAGGGGGCUUGGAAAUCCUCCUCAGUCUGGUCAGGGCUCUCAAAAGAGUGACCAACAAUGCUGAGAAGGAAAUGGUCAAAUCUUGCUUUGAGUUUUUUGGGAUUUCCCAGGUGGAUGCCAAGUAUUGCCAGAUAGCUCAGAACGACCCUGGGCCCAUAUUAAGAAUAAUUUUUGACCUGGAUUUGAACUUGAGAGAGAAGAAAACAAAAGAUCACUUUUUGAUAAUGACUGAUCAAGUGAAAUUAGCCCUAAACAAACACCUUUUGGGCAGGCUGUGUCAGAUCACACGGAGCCUACUUGGGAAGACCUACCGAGGAGUCUGCAUGAGGUUUAUUGUAGGCUUAAAAUGUGAGGAUGAAAACUGUGAACAUUUUCACAGGCCUCUGCGGCGUUGUGAAGCCAAGUGUUUAGUUCAGUCAAAAAUGAACUUGGUGGCAAUCAACGGGUUGCUUUUGGAAGCUAAAAAAGUAUUCCCUAAAAUCUUAGCAGAAGAACUUAAAGAAAUUGAUUAUAUUUUGUCUACAGAUAUGUAUGGCCUUUGCAAGUCCAUUCUGGAUGUCCUUUUUCCUAAGCAUUUCCAUCAGAGAGUGUUGUCAGAAAACCCCAUGGCAUGCAAAGAAAUCCUGAAACCAAAUUACAAAUCAUUCCGGUUCUACAGAUUUGCUUUGAAAGAGUACAUCUACUUUCUGUUUGAAAAUGAAAGCGCACGCAACCGCCGGGAAUCCACAGACCUGUGGCUGAGUGCCAUGCAAGCUUUCCUUCUCUCUUCCAACUAUCCAGAGGAGUUUGAAAAGCUGCUCCACCAGGAGGAGGACAACUACAACAGGGAACUCAAAUCUCUAGAGUCUGAAAAGGAUGAAAGGGGCAGGGGGAGAGGCAGCAGGAUAAAAGGAAUAGAAGGGAAAUUUGGCAUGCUGGCACCCAACAGGGAUGAUGAAAAUAUGGACAAGACCCACCUGUGCUUCAUCCGGCUGCUGGAGAAUUGCAUUGAUCAAUUCUAUGUGUACAGGAACCCAGAAGACUACAAGAGGCUCUUUUUCCGUUUCAUGAAUGUCCUCAUUAAGAGGUGCAAAGAACCACUCAUCCCCAGCAUUGGAAACACAGUGGCUCUCCUGGAGUUCCAGUUCAUCCACUGUGGGGUGGUACUGGCCCGCCUCUGGAAGAAUGUCAUUCUGUGCCUCCCCAAGAGCUACAUUGCACUUUUGCACUACUGGGAGUUCCUGUUUAGCAAGAAGGACAAGGAGCUUGGGGAUGUGUUCUCCAUCAUUCAGGAAUACAAACCCAAGGAUGUGACAAGAGCCAUUCAGGAUUUCCGGUUCCAUCUUUCCUACCUCGCCAAGGUGCUAUGUGGCUAUGAGAAUGUGAACUUCAAUGUCCUGCUUGAUGCCUUCAGUGAAAUAGACUAUGUGGUUUCGGGUGAGGCUGAGCGGACGCUGGUGCUGUGCUUGGUGAUGCUAGUGAAUGCUGAGGAGAUCCUGCAGCCGUACUGCAAGCCUCUCCUGUACCGCCACUUCCGGGAGAUCGAGUCAAGGCUGCAGCUCAUGAGCAUGGACUGCCCUGGCCAGGUUCCCGAGAGGCUCCUGAAGGUGGUGAAGCGGGUCUUGGUGGCAGUCAAUGUGAAGUCUGUGGCUGAGGCGCUGCAGGACCUGCUCUUUGAGCGGGAUGAAGAGUACCUAAUGGACUGUGACUGGCGAUGGGACCCUGUGCACACCAAAGGGUCCAUAGUCCGUGGCCUCUAUUAUGAGGAGGUCAGACUAAACCGCCUGCUCUGUUUGGACCCCGUGGACCACUUUACUGAACCCGAGUGUGAGUUUGGCCAGGAUGAGAUGGAUGAACUGGCAUUAGAAGACCGAGACCACGUCCUGGCCACCAUUCUUUCCCAAAAGCAACGGAAGGCCUCCAUACAGCGGAAGUUGAGGAGGGCAUGUCUAGUGGUGUCUCUGUGCAUCAGUUGGAGGAGAAGAGUGGGCACCCAGAUGGAGCGUGUCAGGGAGGAGGCCAGGGAGCCCAGGGCUGGGAACUUCAAAAAGGCAGACGUGGACAGGACCCAGUGUGACCUAUGUGGAGUGAAGUUUACCCGUGGCCCAGAGAACUAUUUCAGCCCCAGCAAAUCAUUUGAGGGGGCAACUUCCGAGGUGGCAGUCCUUUCCAGGGCUGAGCUGGAAAGAGAGGAGUGUCAGGAGAGGAACAGCGAGUCUUACGAGCAGCACAUCCAUCUAGAACACCACCAGAGGCAGCAAGUGGCCUACCAGAAAUACUCAGAAUUUUUCCACGAGAAGGUGGACCCGGCCAUUGAUGAAGGCAAGCUGGUAGUGCAGGACAUCGAGCAAAGUGUAUGGAUCCACAGUCACGUGGGCUCCAAGGAGCACAGCCAUAUGCUGCAGAAGGUCCAGGAGCACAUCAAGAGGGUUUCAGAUAUGGUGGAGGACCUCUACAGGCGGAAGGCCUGGGCUGGUGCGGAGGAGGCGAUGACUCGGCUGGUCAACAUUCUGAUCCUGUCAGUCAGGGAUGCACGAGACUGGUUGAUGAAAACAGAGACCCGCUUAAAGAAGGAAGGUAUUGUUCAGGAAGAUGAUUAUGAAAAUGAAGUUGAAGACUUUGGUGAGCUUCGUCCUAGAAGGCGUCCUCGGAAAUGUGGAAAGCAGAGAAAAUACUAAUGUCCACACAGCUGCAGCCUCCUCAUCCUUCGGAACAUUCCAUUCUGACUUAGAAUUCUGAGUGCUGGGGCAGAAGACAAAAAGAAUGUGAAUUAGCAUUUUAAAAGUAGGGGAGUCUAACACCAUUGCUUUUUGUUCUCAUUACUUCUCUUUCAGUGGCUUAGGAUCUGAUUGCUCCCUCACCUCUAAAGUGUUUCCAAGUAGAGUCUAGCAGUAUUAGUUCCCCCCACAAACAAGUUCAGGUAGAGAAAUUGUAGUCCAAGGGAAUGUUGGGACUCCUCACUGCAUGGUCCCUGGGGUGUCUGGCUCAUCCCCAGCAUGACAUGAGUUGGUAGCAGAGGACUAGGUGUUAAGACAGACUCUCCUCACCUCAGUUGCUGCUGCUCUGGGCCAGGAAAUCUCUCUAUGGAUUCCCUCAUCUCCUGCCACACUGCUGCAGCAUCAAGUGUGCUAUGAGAGCUGUAUGCGCCCAGGGGUGGGCCCUGCCACUAGCCACCCCGAGCCCAGGAUGCAUUCUGGUCAUCUCUGGGCCCACUUGUAGUGUAGUUUCUUCUGUUAGAGAUGUUAGCCUUUUCUCUCUGUGGCGACUUUUCUGCCUUCCCUCCCUCUGUGUUUUGUGAUUAUUCUUAGCUACCUGUGCCAAGUCACAGUUAGACUACCUCAGAAUGUAGUCAAGAAUUCACCCAGUGUUCUUUGGAUGUCCCUUCCCUAGAGGGAAAGGCUGGGGAAUGUUGCUGGGAGCAUUCCCAGCUGCCUCUCCAAAGUGGUCCUAACUCUGCCUUGGCUAUGGUGCAGAUAUUCCAAAAAGUGUUUAGUACACAGCCCUGUACAUCUAGUUUUCUUGGUUCUCCCUGGUAACUUUGCUACCCUAGCUUAGGCUGACGUUCUGAUGAGUCUCUGCUUGCUGAGCUUAUCACUGUGGGACAGUGAUCUGCAGAGCUGCAGGUUGGAGCAAGUGGACAGAGGAGGAAGCCAGCUAAGCCAAAUCCGUCACUGCCACUUGGCUGGAAGGCCUUAUAAGAGGGCGGAUCUGGGCCUGUUUGCAGGAGGCCAUUGCCUACCCUCUCCCCACAGUGAGCCAGCAGCCAUCAGCUGAUCCCACCUGGGAAGCCUUCAUGCCUCUCUGAUGGUUAAUGCCCACCCUUAUCCCACCCCUCAGCUCAGCCUGGUAUGGAAGGCCAGGUGCACGUUGGUCUUUGACUGUUCUGUCCUCACAGCAGAGCCAGCUUUCCCCCCAUGUUGCUGCUGCUUUUGCUGCUCAUGCUGCUCAUUGUUUUCUCUUCCUUGUCUUUCCAAAUUGUUUCCUUGAAAUGCUUGUUUCCAAUUUUUCUUAGAUUAUGUUUCUAAUUUUUAUUUCAGGUGGUUUUUUUUUCUUACUUGACAGAAAAAAAGAAAACUACAACAGUAUCUUGCUGUAUUACCACAUUUUUUAUAAAGUUAAAGCAUUUCUCUUACAUGCUGCUGUUUUAUUUCCAGUCUCUACUCAGAGUAAGGGGGUAAAUCUUGGAGCUGGUUCCCCCUGGUCAGCUGAUUGAUGCUGGCCAGGACAGAAGCUUUCUGUGCCGUCAGAGAUUCCGAAAUCAAGGGAUAGAGAAAAAGCCCAGUCCAGGACUCCCAGCUGGUUGGUGUUCUCGAGGGCCCACCUCGUGCACGUUUUUUCCAAUCUGGAUGCUCCCAAGCAUGCACGGUUUGGACAGUAAGAAGUUUUGUCUGUACCACGUACCGGGGCUUUCCCAACAAGGAACAUUGCCCUGGAAGGCAGGAGACCUGGAAUCAAAUUCCUCUCCUGUUCCUAACGAGCUGUGUAAUGCCGGGUGAGUCAGGUCUAUUCAACCCUGAGCACCUUCAUGCCGCACUAUGUAGGAACCUCAUGAUUUGGUGUAGGAGAGAGACGGAAAUGUGAGAAAAGAGUGGUGAUAGACAUGUGUAUUGCAUGGGUGGCAUAUGCAUUUACAUAACCCAGCUGGGCCUCAGUUUCCCCUUUUGGGAAAGUGGUCUAAGGUCCCUUCCUACCUGAUGCAGAGUGGUUCUGUAAGCUGUUGCCAUGGUUUUGCAUACCCUCCAGUCUUGGUGCUGGGAUGCCUGUGUUUGCUUGCGUCAGGUGAGCUGAACAGCUGAGUCUUAGCAAGCAAAGCAUCUGAUCUUACCCUUUAAAAUUAAAGAGGUUCGGAAAUGGGACAGGUGAUCCUGCUGUCAUAUCUUUAUUAGCACUGUCCAUUAGAACUACCUGAGAAAUCCAACCCCAAAAAUCUGACUCCUCAACUUAUAAAGCUCCUUAGAGUGGGGGUGUGGAGGUUGGGAGAGAAGAAUGGAAUUCAGCAGAAGAGUCAGUAACUUCCCUUAAUGACCAGAAUCCUGGGCCCAGUUCAGUAGCAGUGGCUUUGGUGUCUUGGACUUGCCAUGGCAGUCCAGGAUAGGGGAUGUGUAUCUGGGGUCCCCCAAGACCACUACUCUCAGGCUUGGUAAUUCAUUAAGAGGGCUCACAGGACUCAGCAUGUAGUUGGAGUCAUGGCUCUGAUUGAUUAUAGCAAAGUCAUACCAAGCACAACUGGCAAUGGGAAAGGCCCAUGGGGUCGAGUGUAGGGGAUGCCAGGUGUAAGCUUCCAGGGCUCCUUUCCAGAGUCACACACAGUAGGCUUCAUUUCCCAGCAACGAGUUGUGACAACUUGAUGUGUGAAAUAUGCCAAUCUGGGGAGCUCAUCAGAGACUCAGAGCUCAGGGUUUCUACUAGCGGCUGGUCAUAUGAGUAUCUUUUGCCCAGCAUAUACCAAAGUUCCAGAGUCUCAGAAGGAAAGUAGUGUUCAGCAUAAACCACAUUAUUUAUACAAACCACUUAGGCACUGUGAGCCAUGUUGAUCAGUUCUGAGGGUGUAGGGAGCCAUCUUGAAAUCCAAGUUCUAAGAAUCAGUAAGCAGACCUUUCAAAGGGCAGCAGUUAGGCCUGCUGGGCCAUUUUCUGCACAGGGGGUUCCCCCAAGUUGGGGCUUUGUCAUGAUCAUCCCACUAGCUUGCCUUACAGGCGCCCCUGUGUAUCCAGCCACUGGAUGAGCACCUAUAUACCUCUUGACUCUCCCCAGUCAAGGGAGUGAAUCUUCAGGGAUAGUUCAUUUUCUAAAAACCCAUCUGAUAAAGAAACUGUUUUUCUAAGUGCCUUAGACAUUGACUUCAUUUCCUUGCAAUCAGUGUUAAGCAUUCAUAAUGCUGUUUGGGUUCUUUAAGGCCUGCUGGGGAAGGGGGAGGGCCCUAUAAGCCUCUGGUGGCUGUUUCCUCCUUCUACCAACACACACACACACACACACACACACACACACACACUUUGGCCUGACCAUUCUUAGCCAAGAGCUCUUGUUCUCCUCACAUUCUCUCUGCAACAAAAAUCCAGUCUUUCAGGAAGAAUAAACUGACACGGGAGCUAGCAGCACCCUAAACUGUGUGCUAUCGCCUCAGUACUUUAGCAAAUCACUUGUGGGGAAACUGAGGCCCAGAUGAUACAACUUGCCCUGGGUCACAGAGUUGGUUUGGGGUAGGGCUGAUACAUGGACCUGGGAUUUCCAAUUCCAGCUAGCACCCUUUCCACUAAGGACUCAGGUGCCAAGGUCAACAGCAAAUGCCAGCAAUUCUUUCUCAGAGCCUAUCACACUCUGCUCACUGGCAGAGUGACAGAGUACAAGCUCUGUUCAUCUGCCAGCCUCAUCCCUCUCACAUCUCCAUGAACUGUGAGCCCAUCUGGCAGCACUAGACUCAGCCCCUUGGGAGGAGCUCAGAAAAGUCUCUUUGACAGCACUAGAGAGAUUAAUAGCUGAUACACUCUGGCCACCAGUAGGAGACCUUGGUAACAACCAGAACCUAUUAUGAACACUAAUAUUUCCUCUUUCCAAACGACCUGAGAGCAGGUGCAACAUAAGCUAUAAGUUACACAGAGCUCAUUGGCAGUUGGUGCUGGCCAGGGUGUGCGGCAAAUCUGCGGCUCAUUUUGAACAAGUGACCACUCCAGGGAAACAAAGGCAGGCUCCCCAGGAAAAGGUGUAUUACAGCAUCUGCAUCCCUAGGCUUGGGAGUAGUGGUGCAGUGGAUGGGGCUCCUGUAUGUAAACAGGAGCUCUCAGAAAGAGCCCUCCAGGCCUGGACAGGAGGAUCACUCCUGCGGCCUAAGAAAAUGACCAAGGCUAUAAAUAUCCAAUCUUAAAUCUCAACAAAGCAACUUCCAGGUUUUACCUUAUAUACACAUAUGAGGCAUUCCAUUUUAUUUGUAAAUGUUGAUGGCAUUGGAUAUUCCUCUGUUUCCUUUUGAUUUCAAUAUGGCUUUGAUAAUGUUGGGGUUUAAUGGUGUAACAGUAACAUAAUACAUGUGAAUCUCAGUCAUGUAAGAAAUGUCAUUUUAUUUAAUUCAAAUCUUACUCUGGACCCUAUUCCUGCUUUGGUGGGAAAUGUGGCCUAAUAAUUAUUGGAGGACCCUCUGCUUCUUCGGGAUCUCUGAAGUAUUAGGAGGCCAAUCUGGUAUGGGGAAAAUGAGGGAGGCCCUCUCUCCUUCAGUUCAUCAUGGCUGCUGCUAACCCGUUCCUGUCCCAGCUGAUAGGGUAUCUGAGAAGGUGGGUGAUUCUUCUCCCUCCAAGCCAAGCUUGACAAGACUAGAAGCUGUGAGGUAUCUGAUCUGGCCUCUGCAGAUGAACAAUUGAGCCACCCCCUGAAGUUUUCACACCUCCCCAUUGUAUUGCCAUGAGGAUAAGGACAGGUCCCUAUUGGUCAUGACAUCCCUUGGCCGCUGCCUCACCCCUGAACAGAGAGAGCCUAAAGUCCUAGCUACUUUCUUGAAAAAAAAAAAAAAAAAAAAAAAAGGGUAG